UGGCCCUGGGGCCCUGGAGUGGCUCCGGGCUUGUGCCAAGGACCAGGCUGCAGCCAGGGUGAGGGAUCACAUCCCACAGCAUCCCCGCAGUCACUCCUGUCCCUUUCUCUGCCUGCCUGGAUCCAGGUGCAGCACCCGGAGGCAGCGGCUGUGGGGUGCGAUGGCGCGGCGGGCGCUGGCGCUGCUGCUCUGCCUCUCCCUGGCCGCGGCGGCAUCGGCUGACUGCGUGACCCAGUGCUCCCUCUGCGCGGCACAGACCCACGGCACCGAGACCAGCGUCCGGCCCCUGAUGUGCCUGUGGGAAUGCCAGGGCUCCUCACCACCCGGCCCUGAGUGGGACACGUGCAGGAAGGCGCUGGCGCUCCUGGCCCCACUGGUGGCUCUGGCUGAAGGGACAGACCCGUCCCCUCGAGAGGUGGAGGAGGAUGAGGCAGAGCCGGAGCAGGAGCCGGGUCCCGGGGAGCUGCCGCUGGCACCAGCCAAGCGCUACGGGGGCUUCAUGAAGAAGAUAUCCAAGGGGAAGCUGCUGUCCCUGCUGCGCGAGAACGCACACAGCAAGGGCGGCCUCAGCAAGAAGUUCGGGGGCUUCGGCCGCAAGCCGGGGGAGCGGGAGGCCCCCGAGGACUACCCGGGGCUGGCAGGGGCUGGGGGCGAGGAGGAGCCCACGGGCGCCGGGGCCGAGGGGCAGGAGCUGGCAGAGCUGCACAAGCGCUACGGCGGCUUCAUGCGCCGCAUCCGGCCCAAGCUCAAGUGGGACAAUCAGAAGCGCUACGGGGGCUUCCUGCGCCGGCAGUUCAAGGUGAACACGCGGUCGGACGAGGACCCCAGCGCCUACUCAGGGGAGGUCUUGGACCUAUAGAGCCCGGCACCACGGUCCCCACGCUGCCAGCCUGGACUGUGCCAUCACCCCUGGCCCCAUCCCUUUCCCCGCCCAGCGUGGUCAGCAUCAUCCCUGCCUCAUCCGCCCAGGGGACCAUGGGUCUCCAUCCCCAGUUAUCCCUCCCUGGUUCACCUGCCCAUCCCUUAGGGACCCCAUGUAUCAAGGGGACAGUGCUACCCCUCUUGCUGCUGGUGGUGCAGCUGUGGGUCCACCCCCAGGGCUCCUGGGGGCAAAUCAAGGUGUGGGGGACACGUAUCCUCCACCCUCCCACAGCUGCAGAGCACAACAGGGUCUGGGAACCAUCACGGCUGAUGCAGAGGGCAACAGCCUCUGAGCACCGGGAAGGAUGAGCUGGAGCAUCAGACCCAUGCCCCUUCUCCCCCCCCCAGCCAAUAAAAGGCAGAUGCCAACAAAGCCAAAGCUGUGCUGAGCAUCCUCCAUGCACCAGACCAAGUCCUCAGCAUGAGGGGACUGUGCACCCCAACCUGGGACCUUGGGAGUGGGCUGGGGGGGUGCCACGGGUGCCAGCUGAGACCAUCAGGCAGCAUGUGGUGGUACCCUCCCUGUGCCAUGGGUGCUGAGGGGGAUGCAGGACCCCACACACCAUCACUGCUGCUCCUGCAACACCUAAGGAUGCAGCAGGGCUGCACGGGGACAGCUGCCCGGGGGACCAGUCCCAUAGCCCCCAACCCAACCUCAACCUCCUGCUGCUCUUCCUCCUCCUCCCUGUCCAGGAUGAGGUUCCCCCCUCCUUGCUGUAGGACAUGCAGACCCCAGUGCACGGGGACACGCUGAUGGG